AGCGGAAACAAAAGAGUCUCGCCGGCGUCCCCUCCCGCACACUCGCGCACACUCGCGCUCGGGCGCACUCGGAGCAGGCACCGGCUGCCGGAGCGAGUUGGCGAGCCCCGAGCCGGGGACCUGCAGGGUUGAUCCAGCCGAGCGGAGAGCGAACAGAGCCCACGACGACCCUACGUCCCCGAACCCUGCAGCCGCCCCCAACCGGCCGGUGUCCCCGCCGCCCUCCCUGACCCAUGGCGCUGAAGAGGAUUCAGAAAAAACUAUGGAUAAAGGUACAAAUGCCACUUUACAUUGAAGAAAACUAAGGUUUAGAGAGGAAAAAAAAAUGUUUUGCCCAAGAUCAUAUGGCAAGUGAGUAAUGGCACCUGGACUUGAAGUUCCAAGCCUUGCUUUUUGACCAUUUUUGCUAAGUCAAAGACUGAAAUCUUCCUCUUUAUUGUUCAACUAUACCUGGAGCAAAGAAGCUGCUAACUGUGUUAAAUUCUUAUCAGGAAGAAGAAUAUAGCACCAGCUGUGAAGAUAACAGCAACAAAAACAAAAUGAAAGUACCAAGAUAUACUGGAGAAGAUUUGGAAGAAGGAGACCAGAGUUUGCAUUUGGCUCAGUUUUAAGCUCAUAUGUCACUUUCUUAGGAAGGCCUUUCCUACCACAUCCUCUUCCAUAUUUGUCUCUGUUAGAACACUGAACUCAUUGCUGUAAUUAUACAGUGAUUCUAAGGUGCACAUAUUUUUCAUUGUAGCAUGUCUAAAAUCUGGAUUCAUCUUAUAAUUGAUGGUAUCUUAAUUGGUAGCAUUUCUUCUUAAUUGUUGGUACAGAAAAUAAGGAUGUAAUUUAUGUUCGAUGGCAUCUUAGAUUUGAUGAAACACAGUAUUUAAAUGUGUUCCCAUGGAAAGGUUUAUAUCAUUCCAACAGUUUUAAGUACCAGGUAGAGACAACGAUUUUCCAGUUUCUAACCUAGUUCUCUUUUAAAGUCCAGAUCUGCAUGCAUGAUUAACUGAAUCUCCCUUUGAUACCACAGGGAUCCCUGUUUCAAUAUGUGUACUUUCCAAACAAACUUUGUCUUUUAGUAUUCCAUCUCAGUAAUGGAAUCUACAUUUGUGAAGCUAAAAAGCUAGAAGUUUGCCAGGUUUUGAAUCCUACUUCUACCCUAUACUAGUUAUAAAGAGACACAGUGAAACGUUUGCCUUUAUUCUUCACCUGUAAAAUGGGUACCAUAAUAACACCUACCCCCUGAAGUGGUUAGGACAAUAAAACAUGGAGUACAUGUUAGCUGCCACUAAUCUUCAUGAUAAAUAUCUGUGACCUCUCUCCUUAACUCUAUACAUGUAAUUUCAUCAUGAAACCCUGUGAGAGGAAUUAAGUGAUCUACAACGUGACCCACCUGCUCAUUGUUCAGCUGGACCUGUGGGAGAUGACUUGUUCCACUGGCAAGCAACUAUUAUGGGACCUCCUGAUAGCGCCUAUCAAGGUGGAGUCUUCUUUCUCACUGUACAUUUUCCGACAGACUAUCCUUUUAAGCCACCAAAGAUUGCUUUCACAACAAAAAUUUACCAUCCAAACAUAAACAGUAAUGGAAGUAUUUGUCUUGAUAUCCUGAGGUCACAAUGGUCACCAGCUCUGACUGUAUCAAAAGUUUUAUUGUCCAUAUGUUCUCUACUUUGUGAUCCUAAUCCUGAUGACCCCUUAGUACCAGAUAUUGCACAAAUCUAUAAAUCAGACAAAGAAAAAUACAACAGACAUGCAAGAGAAUGGACUCAGAAAUAUGCAAUGUAAAAACAAAAAAAAAUUUCAUAUAUACCAGAGUACUGUAAAAUCUAGGUUUUUUCCAACAUUAGCAGUAAAUUGAGCACUGUUUACUGUUUCAUUGUACCAUGAAAUCUUUGAUUUUUAUCCAUUUUACAUGUAUUUCUGAAGCAAGACAGACUUCCAAAAAUACCCUUAAGACUGUGAUGAGAGCAUUUGUCAUUUUGUAUGCAUUGAGAAAGACAUUUAUUAUGGUUUUUAAGAUACUUGGACAUCUGCAUCUUCAGCUUACAAGAUCUGUAGUGCAUCUGAAAAGCAACCAAAUUAUUUUUUGCUGAAACUAGAUGUUUUUACAUGAGAAAUACUGUAUGUGUUGUCUAAGAUGUUAUCAGUUUUAUAAAUCUGUAUUCAGAUUUCAUUCUUUGUUAGCUCACUUUAUAAUUUGUAUUUUUUUACUGUAUAGACUAAAUAUAUUCUAUGUACAUGUACCUAAACUCGUUACCUUUUUCCUGUGAACAGUAUUGAAAAAACCCAACAACUGGUAAUUAAAUGAAUUAACUGUCUGUCUCCCUUGUUUUAGGGUAUUCUGUAGAUUGAGUGCAGAUUUCUUAAACCUGAAAUGAUCUUUACACUGUAAUUCUCAGUAUCCUGAUUAUGGAGAAACACUUGUUUUGAUUUUGUUAUACUUGACUUAACUUUAUUGCAAUGUGAAUUAAUUGCACUGCUAAGUAGGAAGAUGUGUAACUUUUAUUUGUUGCUAUUCACAUUUGAAUUUUUUUUUCUGUAUAGGCAAUAUUAUAUUGACAUCUUUUACAGAUAUUAAUGUAGCUUUUUCCAUAUAAAUAAAAUGCUUUUUCUACUA